AUGGCGAGAUCAAAUGCUGUAUCAGAUCGAUUGCGCAGUGAAGCAGAAUCGUGGGUCGAAAUAUCCUCACAACCAUCUUCGUCCUCUAUUUCCUCCAUCGAUAACGAAAUUGUAACGACCGGUCUCCGCGUAUCUCAACAUCCUACCACUCGGCGACGCAGACGAUCUCAUAAUCAACAACGCCCCCCAAUAAUCACAAAUGGCAACAGACAAAGAAGCACGAGUAGUCAAGAGGAAUAUGAAGAAUCGGAAUCGGAACCAGAUCAUAUAGAUAUCAUAACCAGUUCCAAUGAAAUUUCUCCACCAGACGCCGUUCCAGCACGAUUAACGACUCACGCAACAUAUGAUGCAGAAUUCGAAGAUGAUGAAGAUGAGAAUGGUACAGCUUUAGGAAUAGGAAGAGGGACAACAUUACCAUUCACACCCCAGCCGAAUGCUUUCUCUCAUCCUCCUUCUUCACAAUCCCAGAGUCAUCGAACCCAAGCUCCUGCUCAUGGCUCAUAUUUCCCCCGACAAGUUCAUUCACAACCUCGACCACAACCUUAUCCAUCGCGUAACCACGCAACUUCACGGAAUACGUCGUUCAACAAUCACACACGACUCCCUAUAGAUCAUGAUGCCGCUCUACGCGCUAGUCUCACAACAUUACUCUCUUGUGCAGCUGCGGCAAGAGGUCUUCCCAAGUCUCCCGCUCAAAACGCCACCAGUAAUGAACCAAUGGGACUCCGAAUAGUUCCUGAAUCAGAACUCAUUGGUACGGCACCUCCUACGACAGCCAAUAUAUCACGACCCUUAUCAUCAAGUCGUUCAAGGAGUGGAUCAUCACAAGACUCGCAAGAUGAAGCCAUCAAACGCAAAGCUAGUCAAACAAAACAAAACACUCGAGCUCUCAAGAAGAAGAAGGGAGAACUGGUGCAAGGCGAGGAGGCGUUUAUUUCGCCUACCCUACUGACUUGGGUUAUGAGUGCAGGCGUAGUCGUUCUCGUCUCAGUAGUUGGAUUUGGUGCAGGAUACGUCAUUGGUCGAGAAGUGGGAAGGCAAGAAGCAUCGGUCCUCGGGGGAUGGAAUGGCUCUAUGAGUGAUGGUAGCUGCGGAAGAGAAGUGGUUAGAAGCGGGACUGGCGGAUUGAAGAGAUUCAAAUGGGGUGGCAGUGUUGCUAGGAGUAUUGUUGCUUGA